AUUUCAAUUUUUUAUUGUAGCUUGACCGUGAUGCUGACCGUUUGCUAGACUGCCGGGUAAGAAUUAAUUUCUGUCCCCUGGGCGCCUGUGCGUUGGCUGGAACUGGUCUGCCAAUUGAUAGGUUUAUGACUUCUGAGGCAUUGGGAUUCACUGCUCCCAUGAGAAACAGCAUUGAUGCAGUUUCAGAUCGAGAUUUUGUUUUGGAGUUACUUUCUGCAAAUUCCAUCACAGCAAUCCAUCUCUCUCGGCUUGGUGAAGAAUGGGUAUUGUGGGCUUCAGAAGAAUUUGGGUUUCUCACACCUAGUGACUCUGUUUCAACUGGAAGCAGUAUAAUGCCACAGAAGAAGAACCCAGACCCAGUGGAACUUGUUCGAGGGAAGUCUGCCAGAGUUGUUGGAGACUUGGUUUCACUUCUGGUAUUAUGCAAGGGACUUCCUCAGGCGUACAACCGAGAUUUACAGGAAGACAAGGAGCCUGUAUUUGACAGCGUUAAGACAAUAUUAGGAAUGCUUGAAGUGUCAGCAGAAUUUGCAAAGAACAUCACUUUUAAUUGGGAAAGAAUAAAGAGUGCUCUACCUGCUGGUCAUCUUGAUGCCACAACGCUUGCUGACUACCUUGUCAAGAAGGGAAUGGCAUUCAGAACUUCUCAUGAUAUAGUUGGCAGGUCCGUUGCCAUGUGUGUUUCCAAUAACUGCCAACUUCAGGAACUGAGUCUUGAUAAGCUGAGAAGUAUAAGCCCAGUGUUUGAUGAGGAUGUCUACGAGUUUCUUGGAGUCGAAAAUUCAGUAAAAAAGUUCACUUCAUAUGGCUCCACUGGUUCAGAAUGCGUUUUAGAUCAACUUAACUACUGGGUCACUAAACUUGGCAUUAAUGGAUAGUGUGGUGUUAUCGUGGAAUUUUGACUGAAAUUCGUGUAAUCAAUUUUUAGGUGUUGGACUUUGCCACCACAAAAAAAAAAAAAAGGGUCAUCUUUCUCGAUUGGAGAAAAUUUAGCAAACGAUGAAUUACGUGUAAUGUGAAUGCUUGUAAUUUUUGUGGACUGGAGUUGAAUUAAAUUGUAAGAUUGGAUUGCUGUC